AUGCUGUCUCAAAGAGAAAUGAAGAACCAAUCUGUGGAGAUAGUGUUCAUUUUGCUGGGACUGACAGAUGACCCUCAGCUACAAAUUCUCAUUUUCCUGUUUCUGUUUUUCAAUUACAUCUUGAGCCUGAUGGGGAACUUAGUGAUCAUCCUCCUCACCCUGCUGAAUCUCCGCCUCAAGACUCCAAUGUACUUCUUCCUCCGGAAUUUCUCCUUCUUAGAAAUUGCAUUCACAUCUGCCUGCAUUCCACGGUUCUUGAUGAGCAUUCUCACUGGUAACAAAACAAUUUCCUACAAUGCAUGUGUAGCUCAAUUAUUCUUCUUCUUUCUGUUACUAAUCACAGAGUUCUACCUCCUGGCUGCCAUGUCCUAUGAUCGUUAUGUAGCCAUCUGCAGACCACUGCACUACCCCAUCAUCAUGAACAGCAAAGUGUGUCACCUGCUGGUCAUCAGCUCCUGGGCAACUGGAUUCUUGUCCAUCUUCCCCCCUUUGAUGUUGGGACUCAAACUGGAUUUCUGUGCUUCCAAACUGAUAGACCACUUCCUAUGUGACACUUCCCCUGUCCUCCAGCUGUCUUGCACAGACACGCGUUUCAUAGAAUGGAUGGCUUUUGUCAUAGCUGUGAUGACACUUGUAAUCACCUUGAUCUUGGUGAUCCUCUCCUACACACUCAUCAUCAAAACCAUCCUAAAGUUCCCUUCAGCUCAGCAACGCAGAAAGGCCUUUUCCACCUGCUCCUCACACAUGGUUGUUGUCUCCAUCACUUAUGGCAGUUGCAUCUUCAUGUACAUGAAAACAUCAGCCAAGGAGAGAGUGGCUUUAAAUAAAGGUGUAGCUGUGCUCAACACUUCAGUGGCCCCUUUGCUAAACCCUUUCAUUUACACCCUAAGGAACCAGCAGGUGAAGGAUGCUUUCAAACAGGUGUUUCACAGAUUGUGUUCUUCUCAAAACAAUGGGUUAAGAUUUAGGCACAGAUAG